AUGGCCCGAGGACCCAAAAAGCACUUGAAGCGCCUUGCCGCGCCCUCAUCAUGGAUGUUGGACAAGCUGAGCGGAACUUACGCUCCGCGUCCCUCCCCUGGUCCCCACAAGCUUCGCGAAUCCCUCCCCAUCACCAUCUUCCUCCGUAACAGGCUGAAAUAUGCCCUCACCGGCCGCGAGGUCACCUCUAUCGUCCAGCAACGUCUCAUCAAGGUCGACAACAAGGUUCGCACGGACAACACCUACCCUGCGGGCUUCAUGGACGUCCUCUCCAUUGAGAAGUCUGGCGAGCACUUCCGACUCCUUUACGAUGUCAAGGGCCGCUUCACAAUCCACCGCAUCACCCCCGAGGAGGCGACCUACAAGCUUUUGAAGGUCAAGAAGGUUGCCAUUGGCACCAAGGGUGUUCCAUACAUCGUCACUCACGAUGGCCGGACCAUCCGCUACCCUGAUCCUCUGAUCAAGGUCAACGACACCGUUCGUUUCGACCUGGAGCAGAACAAGAUCACGGAGUUUGCCAAAUUCGACACAGGCAACAUCGUCAUGAUCACCGGUGGUCGUAACAUGGGUCGUGCUGGUGUCAUUGUUCACCGCGAGAAGCACAUUGGCGAUUUCGAUAUUGUGCACGUGAAGGAUGCCCUUGACCGCACCUUUGCCACCCGCAUAACCAACAUCUUCGUCAUCGGGGAGGGCAUCAAGCCAUGGAUCUCGUUGCCCAAGGGCAAGGGCACCAAGCUCACCAUUGCUGAGGAGCGUGAUGUUAGGAGGAAGCAGCGCGCUGCUGAGCAGUAG